GAAAAGAUUAAGUUUUUUCUUAGCCUAAAAAUAAAUGAAUAGUCCUAGCCACUUGCCCGUACACCACACGGACACGCCAGAGCAGCGCCCGACGGCCCCAACCAAGCACCAUCACUCGGCGCGUUACUACGCUCAUCGUGUCAAGGAAAGCCUCACCACCCGCGUCUCAAAGCUCAUAUGCGCCAUUUUCUUGAGCCUAUUGUUAAUUAUAGGCAUCAUAACCUUCAUAUUAUGGCUAAGUCUACGACCCCACCGCCCACGAUUUUUCAUCCACGAUUUUUCAGUUACGGGUUUUGGCCUUGAUAAUGGCUUCGAAAAUGCCCAAAUUGUCUUCAAUGCCACGGCCCGAAACUCCAAUCUCAAUAUUGGGAUUUACUACGACGCGAUGUCCGGUUCGGUUUAUUAUAAAGACCAGAAAAUAGGGUCGACGCCAUUGCUGGAUUCUUAUUACGAAGGGCCGAAGACUACGAAGGUUCUUACGGCGGCGCUGAGUGGAGCGACGUUGAAUGUUGAUAGGCAGCAGUGGAUGGAAAUGAGUAAUGAGCGGUCGAAAGGAGUGGUGGUUUUCCGGUUGGAAAUUACGUCGACCAUCCGGUUUAGGAUAUCGGCUUGGGAUAGUAAGAGGCAUGGAAUGCAUGCUAAUUGUCCCGUGUCGGUGGGCUCCGAUGGCAUGAUUUUGCCUUCUUCUAAGGAUGUUAGAUGUCCUGUCUACUUUACUUGAUUUUAACGUUAGAUUUGUGUUCGGGUUUGGAAAUGUGUUUGGAUUAAUUUUAAUUGUUUGUGUGAUUUGGCAAUUGGGGAAUUUAUUAAAACGGUAAUUCAAUUUUA